ACUAAACUACACAGAUGGGUGACAACAUCAACAUUGGCAAAGUCUUAGACAGAGAAGGCUUUAAGUACAACUUCACAUGUUCAACUUCAACUGCAACUGCAAGUGACACCUCUGCACAAGAUGGGGUCAUCAAGGAGCAGGAUCGGUUGCUUCCAAUAGCUAAUGUGGGAAGAAUCAUGAAGCAAACUCUUCCCCCCAAUGCCAAGAUCUCAAAAGAAGCAAAAGAAACCAUGCAGGAAUGUGUGUCUGAGUUCAUCAGCUUUGUCACUGGUGAAGCUUCUGACAAGUGUCACAAGGAGAAGCGCAAAACCGUCAAUGGUGACGAUAUUUGCUGGGCCUUGGCUACCCUAGGGUUUGAUGACUACGCUGAGCCUCUUAGAAGGUACUUGCAUAAGUAUAGGGAGUUGGAGGGGGAGAGAGCAACCCAAAAUAAGAGUAACACUUACGAAAACAACAUUGCAAACAUAUAAUUAACUCCACAAGGUGAAUGCUUGUUCCUCCAAUUCCCAUCUCAACGUGAUUCAUGUAGGUCAAAUUGCUACCUGUUCUUCAUCUGAUCUACUUUUCUCCUCACAUUUCAGAUAUUCAAGGUGCUUCUAUCCUUAUUUGGUAUAUAUGUAUGACGUGAGUCCUAUAUGCGUAGACGUGUUUAGACCUUAUCUUUUUUCUCUUCAGGGUUCAAAUUUCUGGGUUUGACACUAAUCUUUGUAUUUGUAUGUCCAGUAAUAAGCUUUAAUCAUUUCCAGAAUUCACUAGCAAUACGCAUGCGUCAUAUUUACUUGUAAAUGCGAAUUUCAAGUUCUUAAUCUGGACAUUGCUGGCUAUAACUUUUUUAUCCUUGGUUCUUCACAUCAUCUUUACUUGCAAAUUGGGAAUUCGAAUAUCUU